UAGCUCUACACACACUUUCCUUUCCUCUGCCUGUAAAUAAGCGCAGGAAGGGGGUAGGGUUGACGUUUUACUUUUGCUGUUUGACCAUCACAAUUUGCUGAAUCUUCCGCAUCGUCAAAACUUUGAAGACAGGUCGCAGACGAAUUAGUUUCACGGAUAGAUAGAGCGAUUUUUCCGCCGUUUCUCUCGAAAAGUGGCACUUCCUCGUGUGUUUCGGAUCGUUCUUUUUCACUUUUGCCUUCUGUCACCUACGGGACCUCCGUUCGCUCGCUCGAGUUUUGAACCGUUCACGGGCUUAAAAGUUUGGCGUUCAUGUGAAUGUACAGGAUCCUUCGACAACACUCAUCUGAGACAUGAAGCUCAGCAGACAGUUCACAGUUUUUGGCAGUGCCAUAUUCUGUGUGGUGGUAUUUUCCUUAUACCUGAUGCUGGAUCACAUAGACCACAGCAAAAACCCAAAUGGAGAGAGAAUUCAAAACGGCCAGCUUGGUAUUCUGCAGGACAAAAUAGACCACUUAGAAAGACUGCUUGCACAGAACAAUGAGAUCAUUGCCAACAUCAGGGACUCUGUGAUUAACCUGAGGGAAAGUGUGAAAGAGGGAAAAGUGUUUCCUGAAGGGAACAUCAGUCAGGGGAUCUCGGAAUUGCUUACCCCUGCUCCUGCGCUGCUCCCCAUCGACUCCGAGGACUGCCAGUUUGCAGCAUGGACAUACUCCAAGUCAGCGGAUGGAGUGCAGAUGUUGGAUGUUUACGAUCUGCUCAGCUUUAAUAACCCUGACGGUGGAGUAUGGAAACAAGGCUUUGAUAUCUCUUAUGAGGAGAAUGAAUGGGACAAUGAGCCACUGCAAGUCUUUGUUGUGCCCCAUUCACAUAACGACCCCGGCUGGUUGAAGACAUUCGACGACUACUAUCGAGACCAGACGCAACACAUCCUCAACAACAUGGUGGUCAAGUUAAGUGAGGACGGCCGGCGGAAAAUGAUCUGGUCUGAGAUUUCGUAUUUUUCAAAAUGGUGGGAGAGUAUCGAUGAGCAGAAACGAGACGCCGUCAAGAGACUGGUAGACAGAGGUCAACUGGAGGUGGCCACAGGAGGCUGGGUGAUGCCUGAUGAAGCCAACACACACUACUUUGCAUUGAUAGAUCAGUUAUUUGAAGGCCACCAAUGGCUGGAGAGAAAUUUGGGAGUGAAACCCAAGACUGGCUGGGCUGUGGAUCCGUUCGGUCACACUCCUACCCAGGCAUAUCUGCUCAGACAGGCCGGUCUGUCUAACAUGCUGAUCCAGAGAGUUCACUACUCAGUGAAGAAACACUUUGCCUCACAGAAGACCCUUGAGUUCUUCUGGAGACAGAAUUGGGAUCAGGACUCUAGUUCAGACAUUUUGUGUCACAUGAUGCCAUUCUACAGCUACGAUGUUCCUCAUACAUGCGGACCUGACCCAAAGAUAUGCUGCCAGUUUGACUUCAAAAGGCUCCCGGGUGGAAGAGUCAGUUGUCCUUGGAGAAUCCCACCUCAAGCCAUCACGGAAACCAACGUAGAAGAGAGAGUUCAGGUACUGUUGGACCAGUACAGGAAGAAAUCCAAGCUCUUUCGUACCAAGGUGCUGCUGGCUCCUCUUGGAGAUGACUUCCGCUACACUGAAGCUGUGGAAUGGGACCAGCAGUUUGAGAACUACCAGAAACUUUUUGACUACAUGAAUUCUCAUCCUGAGCUCCACAUCAAGGCCCAGUUUGGCACCAUUUCGGAUUACUUUGAGACCUUGCGUAAAAGCACUGGCAUGGAUGCAGUUGACAUGAAUGUUGGCGAGCUGGCCCUGCCCGUGUUAAGUGGAGACUUCUUUACUUAUGCAGAUCGAGAUGACCAUUACUGGAGCGGAUACUUCACCUCACGACCGUUCUAUAAACGGCUGGACCGAUUGCUGGAAUCACACCUCAGGGCAGCUGAGAUACUCUACUCUUUGACCUUGGCUGAUAUUCAGAGGUUUGGCAAACCCAGUGAUUACCCUGCGGUGGAUAAUUACAAGUUACUGACAGAAGCCAGACGCAAUCUGGGUCUCUUCCAGCACCAUGAUGCCAUCACGGGCACAGGCAAAGACUGGGUGGUUGCGGACUAUGGAACUAGGUUGUUUCACUCCAUUCUGAAUGUGAAGCGAGUGAUUGUAAGCUCUGCCCAUUGGUUGGUGCUCAAGGACAAACAAACAUACAGCCAUGAUGCUUCUAAUCAUUUUCUUCAAAUGGAUGAUGUUCAGCCAGCGCAAGAUGCCUUACCUCGAAAGACUGUUCUGGAAGUUCGUGAUAAGCCAAGGUUGGUGGUGGUUUACAACCCCACAGAGCAGGCCCGGACGUCUAUGGUUACUGUGUAUGUGAACACUCUUCACGUGCGUGUGCUCAAUGCUCUUGGGCAUGUUGUCCACGCUCAGAUCAGUGCAGUAUGGAACGAUGCCACCCACCCUGCCACUGAUGUCUUCCAGUUGUCGUUUGUGGCUCACGCUGCUCCGCUGGGUCUGAGUGUGUACCAGCUUAUGGAAGGAAUGGAGCCAAGGACAGAAACUGCCAAAUACACGUUCCUAAUGGAAGACAAGCACAUAGCAGUCAGUGGACUAGACCAUUUCAGAUUGUCCUACCAGGAUGAUGAUGCUCCUUUGCAGAUUGAAAAUCCUCACCUGAAACUCACCGUCUCUGCAGCUACAGGUCUUCUAGAGACAAUGAGGCUGGAGGAGGAUGGCUCAGAGCACCAGGUCAGGGUUGAGUUUGUUUGGUAUGGCACAACCAGCAACAAAGACAAGAGCGGCGCUUACCUGUUCCUGCCAGACAAAGAAGCUACAAGUUACUCUCCCUCUCAGCCGGCUGUGAUACGAGUCACCAAAGGGCCACUGUUUUCUGAAGUCACCACUACCUUUACACACAUCACACACACUCUCCGCCUCUACAGCAUUCAGGGUGUAGAGGGCCAGUCUGUUGAGAUCUAUAACACUGUAGAUAUAAGGGGCGAAUUCAACCGUGAAAUUGCAAUGAGGAUAACAUCGGAUCUGGAUAGUGAGGAUCGAUUCUUUACCGACCUCAAUGGUUACCAGGUGCAGCCGAGGAAAACUAUGGCUAAACUCCCCCUGCAGGCAAACUUCUACCCGAUGACCAGCAUGGCCUACCUGCAGGACUCCAGCGCCAGACUCUCUCUGCUCACCGCACAGUCGCUGGGAGCGGCCAGCCUCAAGAGUGGUCAGCUAGAGGUGAUUAUGGACCGCAGACUGAAUCAGGAUGAUAAUCGAGGUUUAGGUCAGGGAGUGCUGGACAAUAAAAUCACUGCUAACUCCUUCCGCCUACUGUUGGAAAAGAGGAGCUCUGUGGAGGAGGGCCAGAAAGAGGAGAAUGCCCCAUAUAGCUACCCAUCUAUGCUGAGUCACAUGUCUUUCAUGUACCUCAACCACCCCCUCAUCUCCAUGGCAACCAGUCUAGACUCAGCCACUCUAUCCUUGACCCCCUACAAUCCUCUGAGCACCUCCUUCCCCUGCGACAUUCAUCUGGUCAACCUGCGUGCCAUCCAGUCUAAGGAGGAAGGGGGCGGUCCAUCCGAGCAAGCAGCUUUGAUACUGCACAGAAAAGGCUUUGACUGUGGCUUCUCCAAUCGGAACACUGGCCUACUGUGUACCACCACACGUGGCAAGAUUCAUUUAGAGAGGCUCCUAACAGACCUGAAUGUGAGAAGCAUCACUCCAGCCUCACUGUCUUUGAUGCACACACACAAUAGUGAGUCAGACCAGCAGGUGAUCAGCCUUAAACCCAUGGAAAUCAGGACUUACCGCCUGCAGCUGAGCUGAACCGUGCAACGGCCGCAGUCACUCCCUCUUUUGUCAUUACUUGGCUCAUGUUCUCAGUGUUUUAGACACAAGAGCCUUUAGGUUGUUGCCUUCAGUCAAGGACUCAGUGAGUGAUUGUCAACAUUAACCUUAAGCUUCACAGCAAAAGUGCAAUAUAAAAUCUAAAGGAAUUCCCAACCAGCUCUCUCAGGAUAUUUUAAAAUAACAUAGAACAUGAAAAUUCUUAAGUGUGUUUCACUGUGCUGUGAGUUGACUUCUUUUGCACUGGGAAUGUGUCAUUUUCUUGUUCAGUUUUAAAAGUGAAAUCACUAUUCUUACUUAUGUUACUUGAUUAAGAGAAAUGUUUGGCCUGUUUGCUCAUAGGGCUUCUGCUCUGUUCAUUUUAUUGUUACAGUUCCCUGAUGACAUUUUUUAAAAUCUGAAUUGUAAAAUAAUUGAUAUCCUGGCAGAGGAUUUUUUUUUUUUUUUUUUUUUUUAAAUAAUUGGAAUCUUUUUUUUUUUCCUGAAUUUGUUUUUGUGUUUUGUUUUGUUUGUUUUGAACAGAGAGCUUGUGCUCUGUUUAUUGUGUCUGCACAGUUCCUGGAAGAAAGCUGUUUAACAUCUUUCAUCCAGUUUUUUUGUUUUGUUUUGUUUUGAACAGAGGACUUGUGAUCUGUUUAUGGUGUCUUUACAAUUCCUGGAUGAAAGGUGUUUAAAACCUUUUUAUCCAGUCUCUUGUUUUGUGUUUUGUUUUGUUUUGAACAGAGGACUUGUGGAAGAAAGGUGUUUAACAUCCUGUUUUUUUUAUUUUGUGUUUUGUUUUGUUUUGUUUUGUUUUGAACAGAGGACUUGUGAUCUGUUGAUUGUGUCUUUACAAGUCCUGGAUGAAAGGUGUUUAAAAACUUUCAUCUAGUUUUUUUUCUUUUUGCUAUUCCAAAGUUCUUGCUAAGAAUUGUGCCUUAGUCCUACAUGGUCUUAAUGUGAUAAAAUAAGAAAUGUUGAAAGCUUUUAUAAUAACAGGCUACAUUUGUUUUUAUCAUUUGCCUUUACUUUCCAGACAGAAAAAUGCCUGAAAUGUUUUAGGUUUCCACAAUCAAAUAUUUGUGAAAGUUUUUUUGUUUUUUUGCAGUUUACAUAUGCAGAUAUCAAGCUAUACUUGCAUUAUGCAGUUUGUUUGCUUUAAAUGCUCUUUGAUAAUUGCAAAUGACUGCAAGUUACAUGUGUUUAUCACAUUUAUUGAAAUGGGUGAUUUAAUACAACUCAAGAAGAUGAAAUGAAGAUGAUUUUAUGUUUUUACACUUUCACACACAUUGUACUUGUCUUUUAUAUAUAUUUUUAAAUGAUUAUUGUCAUUAUCUGUUUUUACAAUGUAUACAGAGUAUAUAUUGGUCAGUCUUUUUCCCCUUAUUUGUCUAUUUUACACAGUCUGAAGGAUUGUAUAUAGGUUUGAGAACAGCAUAACUUCACCAAAGGUGGGUGAAUGAUUGUGUGUACUAAAAGAUGUGGCUUCCAUUUUUAUCCCAGAGAAGAUAAAUAUUAGAGAAGAGAUUAAAUGUGUCAUUUAAUUUAUUUAGUUAUUUGAAUAUAAAUCAUAUUUGUAUAAAUAUAAAUACAGUUCUGGCUAUGGGGAUUUUAUUUAGUUGGAAGUGGUGCUUGUUAAAAAAAAUGUGGUUGUAGUUACUAUGGAUUUUUAAAACUAAACUUCAUUUGAUUGUGUUGAAGUUUAGUUAAGAAUGGAAAAAAUCAUUUUAGAACCUAAAAUUGUUGUAUACAUAACACAAUUACACAAUCAAACUAUGCAAAUAUUAUUACUUUUUAUCUUAUGCAACAAUAAUGUUUUUGUUUUUUUUGUUUUUUAAUAACCUGCUGGUUUGUGGGAUCACACAUUAUGUGGGACAUUUACCUUAAAUCACAGACUUCCUGCAGUGAAAAAUUAUCUAAGCGAUCCCAAAUUUUAACUGACAGUUUUAUAACACUUUCUAAAAUGUAGGAGAUCAAUCAAAUUUGCCAAGCAUUAUUGUUGCCAGUCCUAACUUAUAUUCUGGGUGUCUAUUUUUGGGGUGUAUUUAUUUAUUUAUUUAUUUAUUUUUUAAUCAGCAGUGAAUAGAUUUGGCCACUUGUCUUGCGCGUGAUGAAGGAUGAUUGUUGACUUGCUACUGUGAUUUUUAAAAAAUGUUAAUUGAGUUGAAUCAGUCUGUUGUUCUAUUUCUGUUUGUUAAAAUAUUGACUGGCAUGUCAUUCUGUUGGUCAGUCAAAAGUUUUGUGAUUACUGUAUUCCAACAUAGUAGCUGCUUAAUUCACUCUUCUCUUUUAUGACCAAAUUGGUCUGUGACUGUAUAGUGAAUCAAGACUUUGAACGAUGCUUUUCUUACCCUGUGAGAACAUACUUCUUUUUUAAUAUAAUGAAAGAGUAUGCAUCUUUUUUUUUUACUAGUGUUGCCAAUUAAAAUGUCUGUCUAUCAUUGAAUGGAAUGUGGAAAAAUAAAACAUUGUUCAGUCUUUUAUUUUGUUUGGAUUUUGUUUUGGUGAUUGAUAAAUAUUCAGGUAAUCCAAUACA